AUGGCGGAAAUCAGAUCUACGAUUUCGGAUGUCCCUCCUACCCCAGAGAAGGAGGGCGCCCUGUCCAAUACUCUCGAUGUGAGCCAAGCAACGUCCGAUCUUCAGAAAAUCAAGCACGCACACCAAUUCGACCCGAACCUGCCACAGGAGAAACUGGACUUCAUCAGCAAGGCUUUGCACGAUGGCGAUUCCGGAGAAAUCAUUGAGGCUGAUGCGCUCUUCACCGAGGACAGCCCAUACGACGAGGUGCGAGCAGCGGUACGGGCAACAGACUCCGGAGGAGUCGCCAAUACCGUGAGGGCUUGGGUGCUUGGCAUGUUCUUCGUCACUAUUGGAAGUGGCCUGAACAUGUUCUUGAGUAUGCGAAGCCCUGCCAUUAACUUUCCGUCCUUGGUCGUUCAGCUACUCGUCUACCCCAUCGGCUGCUUCUGGGCCAAGGUUAUGCCCACCAGGGUCUUCAACACAUUCGGUGUGAAGUGGACUUUCAACACGGGGCCUUUUACAAUCAAGGAACAUGUGGUCGUCACUUUGAUGUCCAAUGUCUCCAUUGGAUAUGCUUACAGCACCGAUGCCCUGCUCGCGCUUCAGGGAAAGCCGUUUUACGAUGUCAACCUAGGAUGGGGGUUCCAGCUUCUCUUCACGUUGAGCUCCCAGCUCAUUGGAAUUGGCCUGGCAGGUCUGUCCAGGAGAUUCCUAGUCUGGCCAGCUGCCAUGAUAUGGCCAAACCAAUUCAGCAGCACGUCUCUCUUCUUCGCAUUGCACGACAAGAGCAAGAGUGAUGGAUCUGAAAGCAACGGUUGGACCAUCAGCCGUUAUAGAUACUUCUUUUAUGUCCUCAUGGGCAUGUUCUGCUACUACUGGAUUCCGGCUGUUCUGUGGCAAGGACUUUCCGUCUUUGCCUUCAUCACCUGGAUCAAGCCCAACAAUGUCGUCGUAAACCAACUCUUCGGUGGCUAUACUGGACUCUCUUUAAUUCCAAUCACAUUUGACUGGACAUACGUAACUGCGUAUUUGGGCGACCCUCUUCUCGCCCCAGUACAUACCGCAAUAUCUGAGCUCACUGGGCUCUUCGUGUUUGUCAUCCUCGCAACAAUUGGCAUCACCUACUCUGGAGCUAUCUACAGUCAAUACCUGCCAAUUAACACUUCCCAGACAUACGACAAUACACAAAGCAAAUACAAUGUGAGCAGGAUUUUAGGAGACAACUUUACUUUCGACCUCAAAAAAUAUCAGGAAUACUCGCCACUCUUCCUCCCGCCUACGUUCGCAUUGAACUACGGACUGUCCUUUGCAGCCUUGACGGCGGCAUUGGUACACUGCGGCCUGUUCCACGGGAAAGAAAUUCUCUACCGACUCAAAGCAGCCAGGAAUCAAGAGCCGGAUAUCCAUAUGAAACUGAUGCGAAAAUAUCAGGAUGCACCUGACUGGUGGUACCUUGCCCUUUUCGUCAUAUCCAUGGGCCUGGGCCUCGCCACAGCCUUGGGAUACGACUCUCAACUACCUUGGUGGGCCUUUUUUGUGGCUAUCAUACUCGCCGUUGUUUUCAUGAUCCCCUCUACCACAAUCCUGGCUAUAUCUAACCUAGCUCUCGCCCUUAAUGUUCUUUCUCCGUUCCUGGCCGGCUUCAUGAUACCAGGUAAACCAAUUGGCGUCAUGAUUUUCAAGGUGUACAGUACCAUCGUGCUCGGUCAGGCUCAGACGUACGCCGGCGACCUGAAGUUGGGCCACUACAUGAAGAUCCCACCAAGGAUAACCUUCUGGUGUCAAGUUGUGGCGACUGCUUGGGCCACCUUUGUGCAGAUUGCGGUCAUGAAUUGGACACUGGGCAACAUCGAUGGGGUUUGCGAUAUGUGA